UGUUGGCACUUGGCGGCUUCGGGUGUUUCCCAAAAGCUCUUUUCAGAACGAGCCACUCAUGGAGAUCCGCGCCCUCUUCCUCUUGUUCUUCGUCCUCCUUAGCGGCGAUUCCUUCGGAAGAAGUACCGAGGGAGAGUCGGACCAAGAGACCAACCAGGAAGAGUCUGUAGAAAUUCCAUCUUCAGAAGACUCAGGGGAAGCCUUGACGCCGUGGGAGCUAAGGGCAGGGCUGUCGGAGCGGAGAAGUCAGUCACUCUUUACAGAAAGUCAAGGACACGUCCAACAGGACCAAGGGUCAUCGGUCGCUCACACGCCAGGAGAGGGAGCCAGGGUCCCUGUGUUUCCUCAAGCUCCUUCGCCAGCUCUAGCUCCAGUUCCAGCUGCUCCGGCGUCUACGCUGCCCUCAUACAUCACCCGACUUGUGCCAGUGUUCAUGUCGUCGCAGUUCGUGGGCGCUCCGGGCGGCGUCAACGGCCUGUAUUCGCCCCCAACUAGAGAACCAGACAUAAUACACUUUGGCGGAUUUAGAGGGAGAUUAGCCGGUAAUUUACAUCAAUGUAUCAAUGAGUGUGAGUUACGCAAUGUUUAUGGAAAGUGUGUAGUUAAUGAAAUAUGUCGUUUCAUGAUGGGGUAGGAAACCAUGAACAGUAUUCAAAUGUAGAAAAGGUGUGAGAAUUGAAAAUGAAUAUUUUCACAAUAUUUUUAAGAUAGUCAUGCUCAUGUAUACCUUAUCUAUGUAAACAACCGUGUUUCACCCUUCCCGCUAGGUAUAAUUAAUCAAGGCGUCAUGAAUACCUUUUUAACACUUAUGUACUUUUAUUUUA